UUUCUUCAAAAAAAGCUUGUUUCCCUUCCUCCCAUCUCUUUAGAUUGUCUUUAAAUGUCUGAAGACGUAAGUGAGCCCGGGACAGUGGAAGUUGCCCUGAGAGACUUCUUAGUGUGAUUCAGGAUGAUUGAGGAGAGUGGGAAGAGGAGGAGGACGAUGGCAGAGAAGAGGCAGCUGUUCAUGGAAAUGAGAGCACAGAAUUUUGAUGUCAUCAGACUUUCAACGUAUCGAACAGCCUGUAAGCUCCGGUUUGUACAAAAAAGAUGUAAUCUUCAUCUUGUUGAUAUCUGGAAUAUGAUUGAAGCCUUCCGAGAUAAUGGCCUUAACACUUUGGAUCAUAACACAGAGAUCAACGUGUCUCGACUAGAAACAAUCAUUUCAUCCAUCUACUACCAGCUAAACAAACGCCUUCCUUCUACUCACCAAAUCAGUGUAGAGCAAUCCAUCAGCCUCCUCCUCAACUUCAUGAUAGCGGCAUACGACAGCGAGGGCCACGGGAAGCUGACGGUGUUUUCGGUGAAAGCGAUGUUAGCAACCAUGUGUGGUGGCAAAAUACUGGACAAAUUAAGAUAUAUUUUCUCUCAAAUAUCAGAUUCAAACGGACUAAUGAUAUUUACCAAGUUCGAUCAGUUUUUGAAAGAAGUUCUAAAGCUUCCAACGGCGGUGUUUGAGGGGCCUUCCUUCGGGUACACGGAGCACUCCGUACGGACCUGUUUCCCACAACAAAAAAAGAUCAUGCUAAACAUGUUUUUAGACACAUUGAUGGCUGAUCCGCCUCCUCAGUGCCUUGUGUGGCUGCCUCUCAUGCACAGACUCGCCCAUGUUGAAAAUGUCUUCCAUCCCGUGGAGUGCUCGUACUGCCGCUGUGAGAGCAUGAUGGGGUUCCGGUACCGGUGCCAGCAGUGCCACAACUACCAGCUCUGCCAAAACUGCUUCUGGCGCGGACACGCCAACGGCCCCCACAGCAACCAGCACCAGAUGAAGGAGCAUUCCUCCUGGAAAUCACCUGCAAAGAAGCUGAGCCACGCGAUCAGUAAAUCCCUGGGUUGUGUCCCGAGCAGGGAACCUCCUCGGCCCGUGUUCCCCGAGCAGCCAGAGAAGCCCCUGGACCUUGCACACAUCGUUCCUCCCCGGCCUCUGACUAACAUGAACGACACCAUGGUGACCCACAUGUCCUCUGGAGCACCCACCCCGACAAAGAGGUCGCCGUGCCCCCCGGAUGCCGCCGGCCGGCUAGCGGACGAGCACGCCCUGAUCGCAGCCCUGGUGAGCCGGCUGCAGAGCGGCCCACGUGUCCUGGACAGCCCCGGCCGCCUGGACGAGGAGCACCGGCUGAUCGCCCGGUACGCCGCCCGCCUGGCCGCCGAAGCUGGGAACGCCCCUCGCCCACCAACAGACCUGGGGUUCAGCUUUGACGCCAAUAAACAACAAAGGCAGCUGAUAGCGGAGCUGGAAAACAAAAACAGAGAGAUCCUGCAAGAAAUCCAGCGCCUCAGGCUGGAACAUGAGCAAGCCUCUCAGCCCACCCCCGAGAAAGCCCAGCAGAACCCCACCUUACUGGCUGAGCUCCGGCUGCUACGGCAGAGGAAGGAUGAGCUGGAGCAGAGGAUGUCUGCGCUGCAGGAGAGCCGGAGGGAGCUGAUGGUGCAGCUGGAAGGGCUGAUGAAGCUGCUCAAGGAAGAAGAGCAAAAGCAGGCAGCACAGGCCGCAGGCUCGGCACACUCCUCGCCCACCCACGGGGCCGGCCGCCCCAUGCCCAUGCCCGUCAGGUCCACCUCUGCUGGCUCCACCCCAACCCACGUCCCGCAGGACGCGCUGGCCGGCGUCGGGGGAGACCUGCAGGAAGCUUUCACCCAAGGUACGAGGAGAAACCUCCGCAAUGACCUGCUGGUAGCAGCUGACUCCAUCACCAACACCAUGUCAUCACUGGUGAAGGAGCUUCAUUCAGCAGAGGAAGAAGAUGAAGAAGAGACAGAAAAAAUGCAGAACGGGAAGGACCAAGGUUAGCGGGACGGGCGCAGGCUGCAGGAAUUCAGGCACGGAGGGUUGCGCUUUAAUGCCCGAGAGCCGUGUCCCCGUCCUUCGGAAGAGGCACGUUCCAGCUGACACAUCCACCAUCGUGCGACCGAUCCCAACCGCCCGCCGGCCACAGCGGCUUUUCUCCGAACCACCCGGAGGGGUCUUCCCCGUGGGCACCCGCCUCUCGGGUCACUGCAUGUACCAUUCUCCUCCACCUCCUCGCCCAUGGGCACCAGGCGCUGCCCCACCGGACUCAGCCAUCUACGGGAGGUUACACGUUUAAAAAAAGCCCCAGAAAAGGACAGCUGACGUCCCCGCUCCUGCUCCGUCUGCCCAUCUUCUUUGGUUUCCACCCAAACGGUGUCCUCGCGGCGUCGUUUUGCCUUCUGCCCCUCGGGAUGCCCGGCAGAGCCUCCUGGGUCCCCUUGUGGGGGUGGCACAAAGUGGGGGGGUUCUGCCUUCCAAAAACCCUCGAAACAGCUCAAAACCCCGCUGCCAGGGUGACGUCGUGCGUGACGUGGGGCGUCACUGGAGGGGACACGGGCUCUGCCUCCCCUCAGGCUGUUAAAGCCUCCCCCUUCCCGCGGGGGGGGGGCUCGGGUCAGCACCCCCCGCCCUCGGCUGCAGGAGUCGCCUUCAGGUUUUGUCCCAAAUUUGUUUAAAAUUCAGAGGAAUACAGCCCGGGCAGCUCUCCUCUCCUCUCCCAGCCCUUUCUCCCCCAGCUGCUCAGAAAGUGCCGCAAUCACUUCCAAUCACUGCUCAUCUUCUACCUUUGCUUUUUUCUUUUUUUUUUUUUUUUUUCCUCGGUGCUUGGGGAUGUUAUUUUUAGUGGCAGGAGCUGAGUGCCCCUAACGCAGCCAUAAAUAUUUAUCACGGGUGAUGAAGGGAAAGGCGUUGAUAGACCCCCAAAACCAGCCCUCGGCUUCUCCCCCGCUGGGACGGGAUGGGGGGGAGAGCUGGGGGGUCCCUGCGGCCCCCGGGGAGGGGGAAAAUAAACAGUGGUGGUGGCCACAGAAUUAGCGGGAUGUAAAUAUUGUGAAAGAGCUGUCAGGAGGGAAGGAAGGGAAAGUGACGAUGGCCUGGUGCUGGCCACGGGCCGGCAACCUGCGCUGGUAGCACGGCCAGCCCCCCAACCCGGGGCUGUGUCCCCAGGGGGGUGAGGGGGGGAUUCUGCCCCUCGGCUCUGGGGAGACACCCCCCC